AUGCCGAGUCUCCCGGUUAUGAUCGCGGUGGCGGUAGGAUGUUCCGUCUUGCUCAUCGUCAGCGUAAUCCUCGGGGUAGCAGUUUGGUGGAGGAAACGACAAGAUCGUCUAUCUCUUGCAGUAGCGCAAGUUGAGCACUGCGCAUCACAUCAAGGACAAGCUUGUAGUAGCUUUGUGACAGAUUCUCCCCUCACCUCGCCCUUGCCAACAUAUCCAUACGGAACACGCCAGGAGUGGGCACCGCUUGGGUCACAAGAGAAAUUUCAAAGACCACCAUCUCAACCAAAAACAUCACCACCACCUCCUCUCAAGAAGGAAAAGUCAAAGUCAAUACGACGGUCAAUCUCAAAAUCUCUAUCGAAAAGUCUCUCAAUAGGGCGAAGCAACCAAAAGUCUAUUCAUAUGGAGUCGCUCCCCAACCUGCAGCCAGGACCACAAAAAAUCGUCUGUCCAGUCUAUCCUGAUGCCAAAGAAAAAGAGCCCAAAUCAGCUAUUGCAGGUUUCUCAGAGCUGCCCACGGAAAUCACUCCACGCAACACGCCAGAAAGGGAAAGAGAUGAUAUACUUCAGCUUGAAAUGUAUAACAGUCAACCAGGAUCUACUGCAUGGCCACUACUUCAUUCAGAGCAGAGGCUCUCUUCAGUCGCCGGUGGCCAACCCACUUAUUUCGACCAGAAUCACACCAGGCUGCGGAACGGGAGUAUCACAGCCCAAACAGCUGGAAUAGCUCCAGAUAUGCCAAUGCCACCUACACCAUUGAAUAUCUCACAAUCGUACCAGUUUCCAAGAGAAGACUCUUUGAUGGGUAUGUCAUCAUUGAGUGUCGAGACUGCAAAUAGCUCAAUUUUGGAUGGCAAUUUGCGAAGAUCAAUGUCGGUCGAUCAUGACUUCAACUAUUCACCAUCUCUGCCACCAUGCCCAACCUUCACACCCUUUAGUCCUUACGAUAUCGUGAUUGGAGGAAGCGUGGCUCAAGACUGCGCAUCACAUCGACGAACACAAUCUCAGAGAUUAUCAUCUUCAACUGCUCAUCUAACAUCAGUGUCAAUGGAAUCCGGAAGAGGAGAUCCUUCUCCUCGACGAAGUUUGACUACCCGAGAGGUCUCACCUCAACCUCCAGAUUGGGCCAGUCGGUUACCACGACGCGGUGAAACGGUUCUGUCGUCUGCGUCAUCCGCAGGUCACACUAGCAGCAGGCCAGUGAGUAGCAUAUCUGGUACUAGUCCCAACGCUUUCUUCCCCGCAGGUCAAGGCUUGUAUUCUCGGCAGGAAUUUGGUCCCCAGAGCCAUCGACAAGAGCGGUAUUCAAUGUACGAAAGGUCUAAACCCAGGGAAGAGCCGAACAUGAUUUUCAGCCAGAGUUUAGGUGAUCGACCCAAAUCAACCCAAGCUCCUGGCCCAAGAGGAUCAAGGGAUAGCUUUAAAAAAGCCCCUUUACCUUCCGCUAUGAAAUCCGCCCAGAGUGUGAAAAAGGGCCAUAGGAGGCAAAAUUGCGUGCGGAUCUCCAUACACCCACCCAUUACAUUUGGUGGUCCUGCCUUCUCGCCGAUGCUAGAAGAGCCAGAAGAAGUUGACGCUUCACCUGACACAAAUUCUCGCAUUCCUCGCCCACAGUCGUCUCGAAAACGCGCUCGCUCCAGAGCAGACUCGGUUGACGACGUCUUCACGUCUGAGAACCGAAUUGUAAUCCCCAACAACAUCUUUGCCCGACCACCUGAUGAAAACCAGCUUCUAACAACUCCAUCUCCGGAGAGGCACAAGCCAUUGUGGUCUCUCCCGCGCUCUAAUGAGUUCUCUGGCUCUUCGCCUAAAUUCCCGGUAAAUGCUUCGACGGGAAGUCCGCGGCGACCAGCGCCAAAAGGACCACGAAAUCAACCGGACCGACAACAGAAAAAGACAGAACCACCAUCAUCUUUGCAAAUUGGAACAUCCGAAAAUGGAUCGCCGGACCGCGAAUCUCCAACCAAAAGGGGUGUUAACAGAUCACACACACUCACUGCAUCUCCAACAAAGGAUGUUCGAAAGUCUAUAACUCUGCUUCGGCGCAUGAACAGUGAAGCAUGUGACGAGGAUUCUAGAUCAUAUCGGCGUAUGGGUCGAAAUGCUAGUAUCACCCGGCAUAGCGACAGAAAUAUUAGGAAGCCGCCGAGCAAUCGCAAUUCGGUACUAAGUAAUGACAGCUUGAUUAUCUGGGAAGAUGCGAGCGAGGAUGGUAGCGUCACGUCACCGAUAUUCCGACAGAAGAAUCCUCCACCAUUCAAACUUCUUGAGCGAAUUGACUCUGAAAACACAGUUGAGGAAAAUAUGAAUGUUAUCAUAGAAAAUCAAAAGCUAUCAACCAUACGUCAAGUACCGCCAAGCAGCAGUAUUAUGGCUUUUGAAGAUCGUGAUCAGGACAAUAACAGCGACAGUUCGGACGAAGUUGCACGCAAGCGGCGCAUUAAUAUCACAGCAAUGCAGACGCCGAGCAGAAAGGUCCAAGGUUAUGCAAGCGCGGCAGCAACUCCAGGAAGUCUGUACGAUCGAGACGGUUUUCUGAAGGAAUGAAAGCAUGGUUAUACAUAAUGUGUGCGUAUGUGUAAAGUAUGAUUCGAGAUACCAAUUUAUGUAGAUAUGGCGCCUG